AUGGCGAAUACACACAGAGCACCUAAGCAGUGGUGCCUAACGAAAGUUGAGACUGUGAAUUCAUUUGAGAACUGGCGUCAGAACCUUGUUUACACGUUGUCAUUGGACAAUGAAUUCGCUCCUUUUCUAGUUGACGGCGCGCGCUGGGAAAAGAAGACAAGGGCUUCACCAUUCAGAGGUUUUACCGAUGACGACGACGAUGAUGUUCCCGCGGCGCAACGGCGCACGCGCCAACAAAAGGUCAGCAUGCUCGAGCUUAUGCUGGGGCAGAUCGCUAACUACUGCCCUGUUAUUUCCCGAAAUACUAUUGUUAAAAACUCCACAUGCAUUAAUCACAUAUGGCAGACAAACAGACUACAUUAUGGAUUCCAAUCAACUGGUGCACAUUUCAUUGGCUUUGCUGCUAUUAAACUUGAGUCUAAUGAAGGGCCAGAGGAUUUGUACCAGAUAUUAAUGGCUUUUGUUGAGGACAAUUUACUACGCAGAGACUCUGGCAUUACUCACGGAGGUGAAGCCAUUCUAGAGGAUGAGGAGCUCUCUCCCUCGAUCGAAAACUUCAUUGUUCUAACUUGGCUUCGUCUUAUACACAGCGAUUUGCCAAAGCUUGUAAAGCAGAGGUAUGGCACGGAGUUACGGUCACGCACCCUGGCAUCCAUCAAACCAGAGAUAUCUCAGGCCCUGUGUUCAUUACUAGAUGAGCUACAGUCGUCAGAGGAUGCCAGAGCUAUGCGCACAGCCGUUUCUAACCCUCCAAGACAGAAGCUUGCUGCACUGGGUCGAUCUAGGAAGUCCUGCCCACUCUGUAAGGAGGCUCGCAGACCGGACAAUCACUUCCUCAGUAAGUGCCCUUUCCUGCCCCCUCCAGACAAAGCUUUCAUUGCCAGGGCGCGGCAAGUUGCUGGCUCUCCAUGUCACUCCGACGGCGAGUUCGAGGAUGACAGCAAGGACAUAUCCUUCAAUCCUAAGGCGGUACAGCGCGUUCACAUUAUGCAGUCACCCUGCCUCGAGGCUUUCCAUGGUCACGUCCCCGUUAGGCUGACCAUCGACAGUGGUGCAACUGGAAACAUGAUAAGGGCAGCAUGUGCCACCAAACUGGGCCUUAAAGUCUCCAGCAGUACGCAGUCAGCUCGUCAGGCAGAUGGCUCCUCUCCAUUGAAGGUGGUUGGAGAAACACGCACACAUUUUCAAUUAGGCGGGCACAUGCUCUUUUUUGAUGGACUUGUGGUAGAAAAUUUGGAUUCGGACAUUCUCGCUGGCAUCCCCUUUAUGGAAUGUAAUGACAUUUCUAUCCGCCCCGCUAGACAUCAGGUCUGUGUGGCAUCAGACACAUACGAGUAUGGCGUCAAUCGGACGCAUGGAGACAGACAUGCUAUUCGGCGAACUCAUGUGCUUCGUGCUACCUCAUCACAUACUGUGUGGCCUGGGGACUUUGUCGAACUUGAACUUCCAGCAGAACUUGCNAAGUUUAACGAGGAGCUCGCUGUUGAGCCGCACGAGGACUGUACACACUGGUUUGCUCCAUCGUUGUUUGUAGGGGUAUCCGGAAAAAUCUGAAUUCCUAAUCUGACUGACGCACCACAGGGCAUUAGAAAA